UUUAGUUUCCGGCAACAAUGCUCCACCCUCUGUUUUCUUCUUUCUCAUUCUCUUCUCUUCAUUCACUCCUAUCCCUUCAUUAUUCAUUCUUUCUGGUAGGUUGGUUAUUUGGCUUAUACAAGUAUGGAAGGUGUCAUUACUGGAGGAAAAAUUUGGUAGCCAUUGAGUGUUCAUGACAUAAAGGUCUGAAUUCAGCUGGCAUGAGAAGCAUCCAGUGAUAUUACUAGAAUGGCUCUCAGCUAUAAAUAUUGGGAUGAUUGCGUGGAUCCACGAGAUCUGGAGGCACUGUGGUUGGAUCCCGAUGUGAGCACUGAAUGGCUUGAUGUUGGAGAGACUAGAGGUAGGAAAGUUCACCUCUCAAGGGAUCCUGAUGGAGAGCCUUAUCUCACUCAAAUUGAGAUGAAGGCAGUUGCUGCGAUUGUUGUCAGCAGGCAUUUUGAUUCACAGAUAGAUCUGGAGAUGAUAUGUGCUAUCUCUGAAAUUGAAAGUGAUAGACAGCCACUUGCUGAACGGUAUGACAAAAAGGCUAAAGACACUACUCUGGGGAUCAUGCAACUUCUACCAAAAACUGCUGAUUGGCUGGUUAGGGAGUUGGGCUACCGGACAUAUGAAGUGGAAGGGAAUCCAAUCCUUCUGUUCAGGCCUUUUAUAAAUGUAUACCUAGGUGCUGCCUACCUUAAGUGGUUAUCAAACUAUGAUGGAAAAGAAAGAAGUGAAGAGUUUGUAGUUCGGGCAUACAAAGGUGGCCCAAAGAAGGCAGCUCAUAAGUCAACUUUGGAAUAUUGGAAGCGCUAUCUUUCAGUUAAAGAAAGUCUUCCAUUUAGAAAAUCUUUGUACGAUGGCCCAUAUCCAAAUGAUGCUUCUGGUUCUGGUGCACCUGUUUCAGUAAUUAAAGGUGUUAAUCAUACAUUUUGGGACUCUAGAGCUUCUCCUGAAGACAUGGAUGAGAUGUGGAAUCACCCUGAUGUCCUGAAAGAGUGGAGCAAGUGCGGAGAGAUACGGGGAAAGGUGCUAUUUUCACAUGAUAAAGAGAAGAGACCUUAUCUUUCUCGUGUGGAAGUGAAGGCAGUUGCAGAAAUCAUUCUAUCAAAACACUUCAGCACAAGACAAGUUAAACCUACAAUUCUAUGUGCUCUUGCAGAGAUUGUUAGCAUGCGCUUUGUGAAUGGCAUUGGAGCACGAACUGGAAUAAUGGGAAUAGAUUACCCAACAGCCAUGUGGCUUUACAGAGAUUUGGGCUACAAGGCUUACAGAGUUGAAGCUGUGGAUGAUCUAACCAAGCCAUUCGUCUCCAUGUACUUUGGUGCAGCUUAUUUAGCUUGGUUAUCUGAAUAUGAAGGGCGGCAAAGAACUCCUCAAUUUAUUGUUCAGGCUUAUCUAGCUGGACCAAAGAAUGUGAAUCUUCAGGAAACGGGUCAUCAUUGGCUUAACUUUGAGAAAGCAGUAACCUAUUAUGAACCAAAAAAGAAGGAAGAUGGAGGUUGCUCGAUAUUAUAAACCGUUGAGAGCUACUACUACUCCCUUGUUACAUAAAGUGCUACAUAGAGUCUUUUCUUCCUAGUUACACUGUAUUGUUUUAUAAGGAUGAAUUGCCUGAAUAUUUAUUACUAUAUAGAAAUGUUAGUGAAUAUUUUGUACAGCUUUUGAACCAAUACAUAUGUUGAGUUUGACUACUUCCUUUGAACAAUGCUAUUUCAAUAUUUACUUGAGAGACUUGAGGCAAUAUGUUGAAUGGCUGAUCCAAUUCAGGCUUCUCUAAGUAAAAGUUGUCUUCUUAUGUGGCA